AUGUCGCUACGACCAAAUGUAAGAACCGAUGCUCGCCGUAACCGUUACAAGGUCGCCGUCGACGCCGCCGAUGGCCGCCGGAGACGUGAAGACAGCAUGAUCGAGAUUCGCAAGAGCAAACGUGAAGAAAGCUUGCAGAAGAAGCGUCGCGAAGGCCUUCAAUCUCAGGAGCAGUUCCCCACUCUCGACAAGAAGCUAGAGAGUCUUCCUUCAAUGGUUGCCGGCGUUUGUUCUGACGAGAGUAGUGCUCAAGUGGAAGCCACCAUACUGUUUCGGAAGCUACUUUCAAUUGAACGGAAUCCUCCUCCGAUUGAUAAGGUUAUUCAAUCUGGUGUUGUGCCACGUUUGGUUGAGUUUCUUGCCAGAGAGGAUUUCCCUCGACUCCAGCUUGAGGCUGCAUGGGCUCUGACAAACAUAGCAUCUGGAACUUCUGAGAACACUAAAGUGGUGGUUGAUCAUGGAGCAGUUCCUGCAUUUGUCACGUUGCUUAAUUCACCUAGUGAGGAAGUUCGAGAGCAGGCCGUGUGGGCUUUGGGAAAUAUUGCUGGUGAUUCCCCGUGGCAUCGCGAUCUAGUGCUUGGUCAUGGUGCUCUUAUCUCACUAUUAGCCCAGAUGAACGAUCAAGCCAAACUUUCAAUGCUGAGAAAUGCCACAUGGACUUUAUCAAACUUUUGUAGGGGAAAGCCACAACUUCCAUUUGAGCUGGUGAGACUUGCUCUUCCAAUUCUUGGGCGUUUGGUUUUUUCGGAUGAUGAAGAAAUUUUGGCGGAUGCUUGCUGGGCUUUAUCAUACCUUUCUGAUGACUCAAAUGAUAAAAUACAAGAAAUUAUUGACGCAGGUGUAUCUGGCCGACUGGUGCAGCUCCUUCAACACCCGUCUGCUUCAGUGUUGGUUCCUGUUGUUCGUACAGUGGGAAAUAUGGUGACUGGAGAUGAUAUGCAAACUCAGGUGAUGGUUGAUUAUGGUGCACUCCCUUGCCUUUUAAACCUAUUGUUACAACCUCUUAAAAAAUGCAUCAAGAAAGAAGCUUGUUGGGCUGUAUCCAACAUUACAGCAGGAAAUAAGGAACAAGUACAGGCUGUUAUUGAAGUCGGUCUUAUUCCUCCGCUUGUGAGUCUUCUUCAAAAUGCAGAUUUUGACAUAAAAAAGGAAGCUGCUUGGGCAACAACAAAUGUUGCAGCUGGUGGAAUUCCUGAGCAGAUCAAGUACUUGGUGGAUCAAGGUUGCAUAAAACCACUAUGUGAUUUGCUUCUUUGCCCCGAUCCAAUAGUUAUUGCGGUCUGUUUGGAGGGCCUACAGAAUAUUUUGAUUGCCGGAGAAGUAGAGAAGAGUCAACGUGACUCUGAAGAUGCCAACUUGUAUGCUCAGAUGAUAGAGGAUUCGGAGGGAUUGGAGAAGAUUGAAAGCCUACAGAAUCACGACAACAAUGAAAUAUAUGAGAAGGCUGUUAAACUUCUUGAAACAUACUGGUGUGAAGUGGAAGAUGAUAUACUACCAUCAGGCAAUGGUGAUCAAUCUGGUUUCAACUUUGGAAGCAAAGAGCCUUUAUUACCAUCUGGUGGAUUCAACUUCUGGUGA